ACCCAAAGCGAGAAUCAUACCCCUAGACCAACGAGCCACACAAUACAGGCUGCUGUCUGAUCUAAUACUUUGUAUCUACAGCCUUGCCUAUUGAGGUUUGCUGAUAUCUGUUAGGUGAUAUAUCUUAUACAACUUGGAUAAUAUAUUUUCUUGACCUAUGUGCCAUAUAAUUAUAAUACAUUAGGCUAGGUUCACGUUUGCAUUGUACCCAUUAGGAUCGUGGAUUCUGCUAAAAAUAAAGCAGAACAGAAUGGCGCUGCAUGCUGCGCUAUUUUGUCCAGCAGAACAACUGAUCAAAAGCUCCGUGUACUAUCCCAUCCGUAUGGCCGGGCCAUACAUUUUAGAACAUGUUCUAUUCUUAUCCGUUUUGUGGACAAGAACAGGGAUCUUUUCCAUGGGGCCCAAAGAAAAUGCACAUAGGUCGCGUCCGUAUUUUGCGGAUUUGCGGCCCACAAAAUGGAUGCAGUCGUGUGAAUGCACCCUAACCAUGGUUUAUACAAUGCUGUAGUUCAUUUGUAUCCGGAAAUCCUGAGUUCAAAUGGCUGGUAAAGGGUUUACUGAUGGCUCCCAAUCCUAAUCUGCAGCAGGCAUUACUUGGACUUCUACUUCUUGUUAAGAACACAACAUCCAUAAAUCCUUGGGGGGGGGGCAGGAUUAUUGGCUGAUCCUGGUGAGUACUUAAAAGGAUUGUACAGAAAACCGUCCCUAUAAAACAGUGCCCCUGGAGAAAUCAAGGAUAAUCGCGUACACAUAUAGAAAGGGUGGGAUGUUGGGGGACGAAGAAUUCUACAUCUUUAGGAAUAUAUCUGAUGUGAGUCCUUGGGAUGGCCCUCAAUAUCAUAUUGCACCAAAAUGGGCAUUCACCCUACAGGCCAUUUUCAUGGGGAUGGUGUUCAUCGUUGGCACACCCUUAAAUUCCGUUGUACUGCUGGUAACCGUAAAAUACAAGAAACUGCGGCAACCGCUCAACUACAUCCUAGUAAACAUCUCUGUGGCCGGGCUUGUCAUGUGUAUCUUCUCCAUUUUUUCUGUUUUUGUGUCCAGCUGUCAUGGGUAUUUUGUCUUUGGCAAGAUUGUCUGUGGCAUUGAGGCCUUUGUUGGCACCCUCUCAGGUUUGGUCACCGGCUGGUCCCUGGCGUUUCUGGCCUUCGAAAGAUACAUCGUUAUCUGCAAACCUAUGGGGAACUUCUGUUUCAGCUCCAAACACGCCAUGGCGGUGGUCCUGUGCACCUGGCUCAUUGGUAUUGGGGUGUCUAUCCCCCCGUUCCUCGGCUGGAGCAGGUAUAUACCAGAGGGUUUACAAUGUUCAUGUGGUCCAGACUGGUACACUGUCGGCACCAAGUAUCGCAGUGAAUAUUACACCUGGUUUAUAUUCAUCUUCUGUUUUGUUAUUCCCCUGACGCUCAUCUGCUUCUCAUAUGCACAGCUACUAGGAGCACUGCGGGCGGUUGCAGCACAACAGCAGGAAUCUGCCAGCACCCAGAAGGCUGAAAAAGAGGUGUCCCGCAUGGUGAUAGUCAUGAUUGGAUCCUUCUGUCUGUGUUAUGUUCCUUAUGCGGCUAUGGCGAUGUACAUGGUGACUAACCGAAACCAUGGGAUGGACUUACGUCUUGUAACCAUCCCUGCUUUUUUCUCCAAGAGUGCGUGUGUCUACAACCCCAUCAUAUAUUCCUUCAUGAAUAAACAGUUUCGUGGAUGCAUCAUGGAGACAGUAUGUGGGAGACCCAUAACUGAUGAUUCCUCGCUUUCUACUUCCAGCCAAAAAACGGAGGUGUCUACAGUAUCUCACAGCCAGGUCAGCCCAUCUGGAAGUUAAUAUCCAAAAUCUUUCCUACAUACCCAAGACCGAGGGAUGUGUCAAAGCUUCAAGUGGCGCUUCAGUUAAUUUUUUUUCUGAAAUG